AUGUCUUCAUUGAACGUUGCUGUUUCAUUUGCUGUCGCACUCAAUCUUUUUUUGCAAUCAUUCGUUCUUGGCGACCCUGCAAAACCCUGCGACCGAGACAUUUGCAAACUUCCUGAUUGCUUCUGCAGUGGCACUGAAAUCCCUGGUAACUUAUCCCCGUCCUCCAUUCCUCAGAUUGUCUUCGUAACCAGUGAUGCUGCCAUCAAUGCAGCUGAUUUUUUCGACUACGAGAAGCUCUUUGAUGGAAGCUUGAAGAACCCAAACGGAUGCAAUAUUUCGGGAACAUUCUUUGUUUCUCAUGAGUACACUAAUUAUUGUGAGGUUCAAGAUCUUUACAGUCAACGUCACGAAAUCGCUGACAAUUCGAUCUCCCGACGGCUUCCUAUGCCAUGGUGGGCAAAUGCUACAGAGGAAGAACAGAAAGAGGAAAUAGGAGGAAUGAAAGAGAUUCUGCGGAAAUGGGGAAACGUGAAGGCUGAAGAUGUGAAGGGUUACCGAGCUCCGUACAUCCAAGUGGGUGGUAACACGGAGUUUAAAGUACUGAAGGAUUUAGGCUUCAUGUAUGAGUCUUCAAUGCCAACACAAUCGUUUAUUGAUCCACCCCUAUGGCCAUACACACUUGACUAUCGCUCAACGCAGGAAUGCGAAAUCCAGCCCUGCCCAACAGGUAUGUAAUAUCUUUAUUUGAUGAAGCAAGUAGCCCCCGGACAAAUGAGNGACCCUGCAAAACCCUGCGACCGAGACAUUUGCAAACUUCCUGAUUGCUUCUGCAGUGGCACUGAAAUCCCUGGUAACUUAUCCCCGUCCUCCAUUCCUCAGAUUGUCUUCGUAACCAGUGAUGCUGCCAUCAAUGCAGCUGAUUUUUUCGACUACGAGAAGCUCUUUGAUGGAAGCUUGAAGAACCCAAACGGAUGCAAUAUUUCGGGAACAUUCUUUGUUUCUCAUGAGUACACUAAUUAUUGUGAGGUUCAAGAUCUUUACAGUCAACGUCACGAAAUCGCUGACAAUUCGAUCUCCCGACGGCUUCCUAUGUCAUGGUGGGCAAAUGCUACAGAGGAAGAACAGAAAGAGGAAAUAGGAGAGAUGAGAGAGAUUCUGCGGAAAUGGGGAAACGUGAAGGCUGAAGAUGUGAAGGGUUACCGAGCUCCGUACAUCCAAGUGGGUGGUAACACGGAGUUUAAAGUACUGAAGGAUUUAGGCUUCAUGUAUGAGUCUUCAAUGCCAACACAAUCGUUUAUUGAUCCACCCCUAUGGCCAUACACACUUGACUAUCGCUCAACGCAGGAAUGCGAAAUCCAGCCCUGCCCAACAGGUAUGUAAUAUCUUUAUUUGAUGAAGCAAGUAGCCCCCGGACAAAUGAGCCCCUUUACAGGUGGAUGUAGAGGCAGUUUGUUAUUGAUAGGGGGAGGGGUGUGGGGGGGCAAGGAAUCAUUAGGAAGUCAAGACAGAAUUGAUGGUGAAUGAUUGCACGAACGAAUGAAUAAAUAAAAUAGAUAAGUGAAUAUAAUGUAUAAAUGAAUGAAUGGGCGGAUGGAUGGAUGGACCAAUCAUGAAAGAACGAACGAAAGGAUGAAUAAAUGAAUAAAGAUAAAGGAAGGAGAAAUGGAUGGAUGGAUGGAUGGAGGAUGGACGGAUGAACGGUACACAUAAACUGAAUAGAAGAAAAGCACGUAUGAACACUAAUUUGUUUUCUUUAUUUUCCGUCUCCCUUCAGAUUCUUUUCCAGGUUUAUGGGAAGUACCUUUAGUUGAUUAUUACGAUACAAAAGGAAAACUCUGUAAUUUCGUUCUUUCCUGUACACCGCCUGCCUCAGAGGAAGAAGUCAUCGAACUGUUUGACUCCAAUUUCCAAUUACACUACACUACCAACAGGGCGCCAUUCUUCAUGCUGCUUUCAGCAGAAUGGCUUGAGAAUAGCACCUACCUUGGAGGUUAGUUUUACAUAUAAUUUAUGUGUGGGCUUUCUUGGGUGGUUGCAAGGAUAGCCACAUUAGCAGCAAAGAUUAUAAAUCAAUUUCCUAAUUGAGUCAACAAAGCGCAAUCAUAGCUCCUCCCAUGUAAAGUAAUUCAAGCCACUCGUAGAUUCCGGAUUCUUUGUCAGUGUCCUUGGAAUCCAGAUUUCUUGUCGAGCUGAAUUCUGUAUUCCGAACUCCAGAACCCCGGUAUCCACGAGCAAGCACUUCUAGGUUUCUAGAAUCCGGGGCAACGUAGAGUUUACGUAAGCUUCGCGGUGCUUCCAUGGUUUUAUUAAUUUAACCCAUUCGCUCCUGGAGAUUUUGCCGAAAAACGCGUUUUGAAGCUAGUCGAGUGGUUUCCUGGUCACUGUCGUGCUAUAAAGAGCUAAAACUUACCACAAACCGGUUUACAGGUCGUGCACUUCGCGGCCUUCUGAUCCAGAUGCAAAAUAUCAGCUUGCGAAGUUCGGGCAUGCGCAGAGAGCAAAAUUCGAGAUAGUUUUUGGGUUUAAAAGUGACACAGCAGUCUUGACUUUUACUUUUCGCUUUCUCUCCUCCCUUCUUUUUUGGCUUUUCUUGCCUCAAUUUUUUUUCUCUUGCUGGGCAUUUAGUAGGCUUCAUUUUGGUGGGAAGAGUUUUUAGGAAAGCUUUUAGGAUCUUAGGAUUAGGUGAAAGGAAAGGUAGGUGGGCAAUGGAACAAGAUUUUCGUGGAGAUUUUCAGGUCAANUUAACCCAUUCGCUCCUGGAGAUUUUGCCGAAAAACGCGUUUUGAAGCUAGUCGAGUGGUUUCCUGGUCACUGUCGUGCUAUAAAGAGCUAAAACUUACCACAAACCGGUUUACAGGUCGUGCACUUCGCGACCUUCUGAUCCAGAUGCAAAAUAUCAGCUUGCGAAGUUCGGGCAUGCGCAGAAAGCAAAAUUCGAGAUAGUUUUUGGGUUUAAAAGUGACACAGCAGUCUUGACUUUUACUUUUCGCUUUCUCUCCUCCCUUCUUUUUUGGCUUUUCUUGCCUCAUUUUUUUUCUCUUGCUGGGCAUUUAGUAGGCUUCAUUUUGGUGGGAGGAGUUUUUAGGAAAGCUUUUAGGAUCUUAGGAUUAGGUGAAAGGAAAGGUAGGUGGGCAAUGGAACAAGAUUUUCAUGGAGAUUUUCAGGUCAAUGUCAGGUGGUAUUUUGCUUCUUUCUCCGGUGUCCUUGACUGAAUUGUGCUCAUUCUGGUAUGGUUUGAAAGAUCUCUUCACUCUGCACAAGUUAGCGGAGAAAGUUGUCCUUGACCGUUAAAACUGAUGACGUCACAAAGGGUAGAAAGGACCUGGAUGCGCACGGCGGUUACGGGCGGUUCAGGGGCGAAUGGGUUAACUCAACGCAAACAAAUUUGAGCAUGGGCGUUAUGCACAGUUUUUGGCUUUCAAUGCUUUACUAUCAUUCCAGUUCCAAAACAGUUCAGUGGAAUUUACGAGCCUACGGUGACUCAGUGGCACAUGAUUCCGGCUCAAGAGUCUUGCAAGUUUGCAGCCGAAUGGCCAAAAAAGGGCUGAAGAUUUUGACUGAGCAUAAUUCACAGGAAGCCCACAUUAGUAAUUGACAUUAAGUGAAAAUGAUUAUUUCAAUUUCAUAGGGACUGAUUUUUUAUGUUUGUUGUUGUUGUUACGAAAGGAACAAAGACCUUCCUUAGCAAAUUGACCACGAUGGGGGACGUUUGGAUUGUGACAGUUUCCCAGGGUCUUGAGUGGAUCAAGAACCCAACAACGCUGGACAAGAUUGAAGAUUUUAAACCCUGGAAAUGCGACACCACAGCCCCUCCUCCCUGCCCCGCUAGCCAGUGCAAAGAAUGUUACUAUGCCGACCGACAGCGCUUGAUGAGCACAUGCGCACCAGCAUGCCCACCCAAUUACCCAUGGGUUGGAAACCCGGAUGGAAACUAA